CAGUGCGCAUCCAACGGUCAUGGGCUGAACACGAACACACCACGUAUAUCGGCGCCGCGUUCUGUUAUCAUUAUCCCAUUGAAGACACAAUAAUACACACAAUACAACCCCGAUACGCAUAAAACGACAUCCAGCCAAAACAAAUACACUUAACGCUUCUUCAGUUGGUUCGGGCCGACAUUGCUGGUUUUUGAAAAUGUGGCUAACCGAUUGCCGAACGAUGACACGCUACAAACAGACAGAAUUUACAGAAGAUGAUUCAAGUUCAAUUGGCGGCAUUCAACUGAACGAAGGCACAGGCCACACUGGCAUGCAAAUACGCUAUCACACAGCGCGGGCUACUUGGAACUGGCGCUCAAGGAGUAAGACCGAAAAAUGGCUGCUAAUCACGACGUUUGCGAUGACGAUGACAAUCUUCACGCUGCUGAUCGUGCUGUUUGCGGACAGCAACAGCGACAAAACGAAGCACAUUCUACACGUGCAGCCGCACAAGAAAGAUUGCCCAUCAGGGAGCGAGGUGCCGUGCCUGAACAAGCACUGCAUAUUUGCGUCGAGCGAGAUCCUGAAGUCAAUCGAUGUAACAGUAGAUCCAUGCGACGACUUCUACGGAUAUGCAUGCAACCAAUGGAUCAAGAACAACCCCAUUCCAGAGGGUAAGUCGACAUGGGGCACAUUCGGUAAGCUGGAGCAAAUGAAUCAGUUGAUCAUCCGCAAUGUGCUCGAGAAGCCCGCCGCGACCUUCAAAUCGGAGGCCGAGAAGAAGGCCAAAGUGUACUAUGAGUCCUGCCUGGAUGCCGAUGAGCACAUGGAGAAGCUGGGCUCCAAGCCCAUGAACGAUCUCCUCCUUAAGAUCGGUGGCUGGAACGUAACCCAGAGUGGCUACAAUGUGUCCAACUGGACCAUGGGAAACACCCUCAAAAUACUGCAUAACAAAUACAACUUCAAUUGCUUGUUUGGCUGGGCGAUCGGGGAGGAUGACAAGAACUCCUCGCGUCACGUCAUCCAGAUCGAUCAGGGCGGCCUGACCCUGCCCACAGCCGAUUACUACAACAACAAGACGGACAACCAUCGGAAGGUUCUGAAUGAGUAUAUCGAGUACAUGACCAAGGUGUGCGUCCUUCUGGGGGCCAACGAGACCGAUGCUCGCGCCCAGAUGCUGGGCAUCAUUAACUUUGAGAAAAAGCUGGCGAAUAUCACCAUACCGCUGGAGGAUCGCCGCAACGAGGAGGCUAUGUACCAUCCGAUGAAGCUACGGAAGCUGGCCAAGCUGGCCCCCUUCCUCAACUGGACGGAUCAUUUUGACAAUGCCCUGCAGAUGGUCAACAGACGGGUCACCGACGACGAGGUCGUCGUUGUCUAUGCCCCCGAGUUCCUCAAGAAUCUCUCCGAUAUUAUCAUGAAAAUGCAGCAGACCGAUGAGGGAAAGAUCACCUUGAACAACUAUCUCAUCUGGCAGGCGGUCCGCACCCUGACCAGCUGCCUCUCGAAGCCGUUUAGGGAUGCCUACAAGGGGGUGCGCAAGGCACUGAUGGGAUCCGACGGUGGGGAGGAGAUCUGGCGCUACUGCGUCUCCGACACCAACAACGUGGUCGGCUUUGCUGUGGGUGCGAUCUUCGUGCGUCAGGCCUUCCAUGGGGAGUCGAAGCCGGCGGCCGAGCAGAUGAUUGUCGAGAUACGGGAGGCCUUCAAGCACAAUAUGCAGAACCUCACAUGGGUGGAUAAGCAGACCCGCGAGCGGGCCAUCGAGAAGGCCGAUCAGAUCUCCGACAUGAUCGGCUUCCCCGACUACAUCCUCGAUCCGGCCGAUCUGGACAGAAAGUACGCCGACUUGAACAUAACUGCGAAUGCAUAUUUCGAUAACAACCUCCAGGUGGCCAUCUACAACCUGAGGAGCAACCUGAAGCGUCUCGACCAGCCUGUGAACAAGACCAACUGGGGCAUGACCCCGCAGACGGUGAACGCCUACUAUACGCCCACCAAGAACCAGAUCGUAUUCCCCGCCGGUAUCCUCCAGACGCCCUUCUUCGACAUCAACAACCCCAAAAGCCUGAACUUUGGGGCCAUGGGCGUGGUCAUGGGCCACGAGCUGACACACGCCUUCGACGACCAGGGCCGAGAGUAUGAUAAGUAUGGUAACAUCAAUCGCUGGUGGGACGCCAAGAGCAUCGAGCGCUUCACCGAGAAGUCCGAGUGCAUUGCCCGCCAGUACAGUGGCUACAAGAUAAACGGACGCAACCUGAAUGGCAAACAGACGCUGGGUGAAAACAUUGCCGAUAACGGUGGCCUCAAGGCAGCCUACCACGCCUACCAGCGGACUAAGAGCGAAAAGGAGGCGGACAUCCUAAAACUACCCGGUCUAAAUCUGACGCAUUCGCAACUCUUCUUCGUAUCCUUUGCCCAGGUCUGGUGCUCGAGCACUACAGAGGAGACGAAUCUGUUGCAGGUGGAGAAGGAUCCGCACUCGCCGUCACAGUUCCGGGUGAUCGGGACCCUGUCGAACAUGAAGGAGUUCGCCGAGGUCUUCCAGUGCAAACCCGGCAAGCGCAUGAAUCCGACCAGCAAGUGCGAGGUGUGGUAAGAGUGCACUGGGCACUCCCAUAGAGAGAUGGAGGGAGAGAGAGAGAGCGAUCUCAGAGCAAGCGAUGGCUACUCGUAAAGCCAUGCUAUAUGAUAACUAUGGAUAUAUUAUAUAUGAUAUAUGGAUAACUAAACGCAGACUAAGAGAA